CAUCUCACAAGUGAGAUCAUGUCACUGUUUUUCUCUGUUUAUUUCAAAAUAAAAUUUAUUUACUCUGGGCUGAACUCACAUAAAAUCUGUUAAAUUAAUGUUUAUAAUGAUAGUUUUCUAAAUUAUGAUUGUUUUCUCGUGAUUAAUUCAUAAUCUUCACCAAUUUAGAUGACUGUGGAAAUUUAAAUUAUAAACAAUCAAUUUGAAUGGAUAUUUUUAAGCUUCUCUCUUUCUCAUCUAUAUUUUUCAUUACUUUUUUGAAUCAAGUAGAUUCCUUCCCCGAUCCAGGCAAAUGGAGUUUCUCUGUUAGCAAGCAAAAAUGCCACUAUUUCAAUGUGCAUAAGGUUCUCUACAAGGAUUCAAAGGUGUCAGUUAAAGUACACUGUGAUCCUGGACCUGGAUCGCCCAAAGAUAUGAAAAUCAAAGUUGGAUAUGUCAUAAGAGAAUCACCUUGUUUUGAAGAGUAUGUUGGACCUCAGCUAAUGAGUAUCGAUUUCAUUGCAAGUUUCUAUCACUGUCCUGUGGACCUUUAUGCUGCUUUUGGAUAUACCAGUAUUAAUUACUUGAAAACUGAAGAAAAAGUGGUGACUUGCGAUCAUCUUAUCGAUGAAAGUUUAAAAACGAUCAAAGGAGAAUUUACAACUUCUCCUAUUGAUAUUUAUGCUGGUAGCAACUGUUCACGACCUCCUCAAAUAUGUGAAACUUCCCCUUCUUCAACAUUUUUCUAUCGAGAAUUGACCCCAAGUGAUAAUGAUUUUGAUGCCAGUAUAUCUAAGCGAUCUGUCGAUUCUACAAACCAGCUCAAACAUCUUGUGAAACGAUCGCCUUCUAAACUUGAUGGCUCAAUCUCUAUUCCAUAUGAUGGAGUUUAUUUAUUGAUAGUUUAUAUGUCGGCUCUAGAACCUGGAGAUACUUUCAAUGCUAUUGUUGACCUAGAGAUGAAAGGAGAGAGCGGAUAUCUUUCAGCAGAUGAAUGGCCUCUCUUACCAUUUUAUGGAGUAAUGUCGAUAGUAUAUCUUUUUUAUGCUAUUGGCUGGUUAGUUGCUUCUGCCAUGCAAUGGCGAGACCUUUUGAGGAUACAAUUUUGGAUUGGUGGUGUAAUUUUCUUAGGAAUGUUGGAAAAGGCAGUAUUUUAUGCUGAAUAUCAAUCAAUCAACUCUACUGGUCAAUCUGUUAAAAGUGCCAUUCUUUUAGCUGAGUUGGUAUCAUGUCUUAAACGUACUUUAGCCAGAAUGCUUGUCAUCAUAGUUAGUCUUGGCUUUGGAAUUGUCAAACCAAGAUUAGGACCCAUGCUUCAUAGAGUAGUUUGCGUUGGAGGUCUAUUUUUCACUAUGAGUGCUCUUGAAGCUUUACUUCGUGUCUACCGACCAAAAAAUGAUCCAACAAAUCAAACCUUAAUGGCUGGCAUCCCUUUAGCUGUUUUAGACAGUAUUAUUUGUUGGUGGAUAUUCAGCUCUCUUGUACAGACCAUGAGAACAUUACGAUUACGAAGAAAUCUAGUCAAACUAAAUUCGUACAGAAUUUUUACUAAUGCCUUAAUUUUUGCUGUACUCUCUUCUAUCGUUUUCAUGAUUUGGGUUAUUCAUUAUCAUAAAUUUACAAAAUGCAUAACUGACUGGAAAAAAUUAUGGUUCGAUGUGGCAUACUGGGAUGUGCUUUUUUCAAAUGUUUUGUUAGUUAUAAUGAUUCUUUGGAGACCAACUAAUAAUAACCAGCGUUACGCUUUCACUCCUUUAUUGGAUGCAAGUGACGAUGAAGACGAUCUAAGUGAUCAAGUUGUUAUGAACGAAACUUUUGAUGGAGUAAAAAUGAGACAACAGUCUUCCGGAUCUUCGUCCAAUCAACAACAAAAAACCAAAGAUGCAAUUCUUAGUAGAGAAGCUGAAGAAGAUCUCAAAUGGAUUGAGGAAAACAUUCCAUCAUCUCUUGUAGACGCGGCUUUACCUGCUCUCAUCGAUUCUGACGAGGAGAUUAUGUCAACCAAGUUCGAGAGGAGCAAAAUGGAAUGAAUCUACUACGUAUCAACAGAGGAUAACAUGCUAUGGCAAUUUAAUCUGUACACUAAGCAUCACGUUUCUUAAUCAGACGCCUUGAUUCUGUUUGACUCAAAUCUAGUUUACGUCUUUAUCAUCUCCUCUGUGAAUUUGCAAUGCGAUUUUGAUGAAAAUCUUUGCGAAAUUUUUGUGUAUUCUGUAACGAAUUAUCCAGUUGCUAUUGAAACAGCAUAAUUACUGGAUAAGAUUUUUCUAUCCUCACUAAUUUCUAUUCGACUGUGAUAUACUUUACUAAUACAACUUACGGCUCUCAACUAUCAUGAUUUGUACUUUUCAAUUCAAUUCUAAAUAAUUCUGUGCUACUUGUAUCAUAAAAAAUUUUCCUUUGUCAAAACUUAAGGACAUUACAAUGAAUAAUAAUAAUAAAUAGCAUCAACUUUAAAGUAAAA